UUUUUGAGUUGCUAACUGCUUCUUAUUAUUAUUAUAUUUUGCGUUAUUGCAACUUAACGGACAUUAUUGCAACCGGCGUACUGAUUUCUUAAACAGAUUCGAAGCAGCAUAUGUUAAAAUUUAUAUAAGAAACAUCUGCUUCGAUUUCUGUUAAUUUUCAAAAAUUUUCUUAUAGUCCUGUUUAACAUAAUAAUGCAUAAAUGAAUACAUGUUAUAAUAAUUUGGCAUAUAUUUCAGAAAAUUAUAGUCUUAUGUUGGUUCCUUAUUACCGCUUGCUGUGGUUUCAUAUUAUACGCUCUUUAUGAGCGACAAAUGGUCAUUCUAUUUGCUGCUAUUUCCAUUGCUCUAGUCAGAUUAAUUUUAGAAGUACUUUUAGCAGGGAUAUUUAUAUAUACAAUUAAACAAAAAGACAUUAUUUAUCAAUUCUUCUCGUUUAAGAUGUGGGUCCCUUUUAGCAGACUUUCAUAUUGUGCUUAUCUUAUACAUCCUGUCAUCAUUCGAUUUGUUAAUCUCCACAGUGAAACAGCAAUUCAUCCUGAAAUUUUCUCUUUAUUUGUUAUGGGCGUAGGUUACAUUGUAAUCAGUUACUUUUAUGCUUACAUAUUAUAUGUUACAAUUGAGAUACCCUAUAUAUUAUUAAUGCGAAUGUUUAUUCAAUCCCGCAAUGCAAACAAAUGUGAAAAGCAUGAAAAGAAAAAAUCUUAAAAUUUUUAAUAUAUACAUGUUGUACAUUUAUAUAUAAUAAUAUGUAAUUAUGUAUACUUAUGUGUAUCUAUAUGUAAUAUUAUAUUAAAUUAUAUUAAGAGAUGCUGUAGUGUGUUAAUUAAAAACACAUAGCAGAAUAAGUUACCGUUUUUAUUAAAAAUGUUAGAUAAUAUUAUCUAAAAUAAUUGUAUCAUUAUUAUAAUUGUUGAGUACUUACGUAAUGUUGAACGAACCCUGCCUCCAUUUCAGUUAGGGACAGAUUACUAGUCUAGUUAAUUUUUCUAGUCCUUGCGACAUCUAGUCUAAGCAUAGGCGUCACUUCCGUUCUUGGCUACCGACACUAGGACACAGUUAGUAACAGUGAUAUAUAUCCACACAAACUUGCAUAAGCGCAUAAGCAUAUACAUAAGAAAAUUGAUUGGUCUACAAGCACUUACAUAAGAAAGUAGACCAAUCGAAUUUCUUAUGCAUAUGCUUAUGCGCUUAUGCAAGUUUGUGUGGAUAUACCAUGAGUCUCACGAGGAAGGUCGUCGAGGAAAGAUCAAAUAAAUUUGUAUUACUCAGAAAUUUGGUGCAAGUUAUUUUUUAUCCCGAGGAAGUAAUAGCGUCCACAUACGCACAUGACACGAGUCACAAGUAAUCGCGAGCACAAUUAAGCUGUAUAUCACAAAACAUUGGUCCUUCGAGCCGGAUACAUUGGAGAUAUCAAGGUUUAAAACGAUCUCUCACGCACGUGUGUGCGGGCUGUACGUCGCGCGACGCAGCAUCACAUCACGCUUAGAAGUGCAAAUCAGAGCAGUGUAUUGUGGAACUCGUUUAAGCAUCAUAUUCAUCGCACUAUUAGAAUCGUUCUUCUCAUUGGGCGAGCUCUUAUCCUCUGCGAGCGGUCCGGCGUGGCUAGCCACCCAUAGUCACUUGAAAUCACAUCGCAUUAUUCGAGGCGGCCAUAUUGUCUUGCCAGUAGUACCACGUGCUAUCCUGCGCAUCCGGGCCCAUUACGCUGGAAGCAAGGGGCGCCACCGUGUUCACAAAAUCAUCGAAAAAGGUCAUCUGUCAAGGCAAGCGCACGGAAGGCGAUCCCGGACGUCGAACACUGGAACACAUCAUCAUCGAGGCAACGGAGCUUCGAAAGAGGUGGUAUACCACAAAAAAUCUGUCGCGUUGCAUUUUUGUUUAUUAAUUACACGUAAGUUAGCAAUUUUGUCGUUGUACAAUACAUCAAAAUGAACCUAUCGGAGAAUGAAGCAAAAACAAAACGAAAAACGAUCAAGGCCGCGGCUACUAGACUUAAAAGUUAUAUUGAGUCACUUCAAUCCGAACGGGCCACGAAAUUUGAGUUAGCUGAGCGUAAAGACAAAUUUGCGAAUUAUUCAAUCAAUUUGACGAAAUACAAUCGCAAAUCGAAUACCAGAUGCCAGAUACCGAAGCAAACGCGGAGAAUCAUUCCGAAAAGCGCGCGCGACUUGAAGAGGCAUAUUUCUACGUCAUGUCCUUAUACGAACAGCGUAUCGAUUUGAUCGAAUAGCAAUCGCGGGCUGCUUCUCAAUCAAACAGUAAUAACGACUAUCGUCAAACAAAUCAAGACAAUGCAGAUAAUUCUCAAGUUCGGUUACAAAAAAUUGAAUUGCCCAGUUUUUCGGGAUCAUAUGAAGAUUGGUAUACGUUUCACGAUUUGUUUCCAAAACUUAUUCAUACGAACGAUAAAUUAUCUUUCACUCAAAAAUUUCAUUACUUACGCUCGUCGUUAAAGGGCAAGGCGGAGGAAAUUGUCAAAUCAUUUGAUAUCACGGCGGAUAAUUAUGAAGAGGCUUGGCAAUUAUUGAACAAACGUUUCGAUAACAAAAGGCGUAUAAUACAAACCCAUGUUAAGGCUAUAUUCGAGAUUGUUCCAAUAUAUAAGGAAAAUUGCACGGCAUUGCGCAAUCUGCUUGAUAGCAUUCUUAAACAUUACAGAGCCCUUAAGGCUCUGCAAAGGCCGGUUGAGAUAUGGGAUGACGUGAUAAUUCAUUUAACAUUAACUAAAAUCGAUUCUGUUACGGCAAAGAAAUGGGAAAUGAGUCGCGAUGACUCGACCAUACCUACAUUCAAACAGCUCACUAAUUUUUUAUCAAAGAGAUGUUAGGCUUUAAAAACGUUUUCCAGUAAAUCAUCAACGAACCGUAUGAAUUCUGACGCGUCGAAUAGCACCCAGAAGGCCAAAAGUCCUAGCGCGCAUGUUACCACGUCGAAUCAAUCUUGUAUACAUUGCAAAAACAAGCACUUUCUAUUUCAGUAUGAAUCAUUUCGUAAACUUACCCCCGAAAAACAUUUUGAGGUUGUUAAAAACGCUCACAUGUGUUAACUGUUUGAAGUCGGGACAACAUCAAGCGAAAAAUUAUACGGCGAGCUCUUGUCGUAAAUGCGGGAAGUCGCAUAACUCGUUACAUUUUGAAACGGCAAAGGCCGAUGAUUCAAAACAUAAAAGUCAAGCAGUCGUUAACUCAUCUAAUCCAGCAAACGCACUUUCGACGGGUUUUCUAUUACCCGUGGCUACUCAAUGCAGCCAAAUUAGCAAUGCCUCCAAGAUAUUUCUCUCGACAGCCAUUAUAGUCAUACACGUCAACUAUGGAGUUGACGUGUAUGACUAUAAGGGAGAGCUUCACGGUUAUAGAAUAUUGUUGGAUAGCGGUUUUCAAUUAAACUUUGUUACAGAGCAUUUCUUGAACAAAGUUCGGCUUGAUAGUCGUGAGCUACACAUGUCAAUUUCUGGAAUAGCAAAGGGAACAUUUGAAACAAAGAAAAUAGUCGAAAUUACAUUUCGAUUGGGCGUAAACGCAUAUAUUGGCAAAAUUGAAUGCAUAGUUCUCCCCAAAAUCACGCAAAACUUGCCACAAGAAUUCUCUUCCGUUUCGGAAUUUAAAAUUCCAUCAAAUAUAAUACUCGCUGAUCCCAACUUCAACAUCCCGAAUGAAAUCAACAUGUUCAUAGGCGCUCAAUUGUUCUGGCAACUUAUCUGUGUUGGACAGAUCAAGGCGUGUACAGUGCAUCCUACUCUGCAAAAAACUAAAUUAGGGUGGAUUAUUUCCGCCGCGGCGUGUAACUCCUCAGACCAAGCAACAACAGCCGUAUGUCAUGUCACGGCAAUCGACAAAUUGAACAAAGCCAUUUUUAAGUUUUGGGAAAUCGAGCACAACAUCCCCCUUGGAAGUCCAUCGCGCUAUACGCCCAAUGAACGAGCUUGUGAAGAGCAUUUCUAA